GGAACGCUCGCUCAAUCACGGUUGGGGAGGUGCUUGUAGCACGCUUGGGUGAAGCCUCAGGAUAUGUUCCCCACUCACGGUUCCUCUCGUUGGUAAAUGAGGGAAAAUACGAGUUCCUCCAUCAAGUGUGGUACUCGGGCAAAACAUUCUGAAACAGAUGAAGAAGGAAACCUUUGGCCACAACAGUGUGAACGAGAAGGUCCUAUUUUUCCUAAUCUGGAAUGCACGCAAGAAUUUUCUCUCCUCCUUCCUUCCUUCCUUCCGUCCUUCCUUCCUUCUUCCUUUGCUUCCUUAUGUUCUUCCUUACUUGCCUGGUUCUUGUUAGGUCGACAAGAUUGGGCCAAUUCUUCCUCUCUUAAGUUGGCAAAGUUCCCUUUCACUUCCCUUCCUUAGUUCUUGUCCCGUCUGUCAAGUGGACGCUAGAUUCAUUUCGUUGGCACCCUCUCUCACUCCUUCUCACAUGAAGUGAGGAGCCAGUCUUCAUCUCACUUUUCAUUGACCAUCUCGGCAUCCUUUCAAUCUGGGACAGCUAAUUAUCAUGCCAGUGGCCGACGGGAUUUCAAUGAAGGGAGCCUUCGGUCCCGUCUCUCGGAACUUGUCCCCAAAAGUGGAGGAGUGUUGAUUUUGAUCCUAGUGUUGGGCGGAGGAACACGAUGGCUAAAUUCGAAGCUCCCGAACGGAUGGUGUGCUGCACUUUGUGCAUGUGCAUGGCCGUGGCCGUGUUCUCAUCGGUGGCUUUGGUUUACUUAACGGCCUUGGUGUACAUGCCCGCUAAGCGAGAAAUCAACUCGGGCUUGAGUGAUGUACCCGUGGUGUGCACGACAGUUCAGCGAAUGGAGACCGAUGACUGUGAUUGGUAUUCGUGCGGUGAGUGGUGCUUAUCCAAAAGCAGUCACUGUGUCAAGCUUUGGGCUCAAGUGAGAAGAAAUGGGACAGAUUUGGAACUCAGAGGCUGCCAGAAUAUCCACGAUAUUACUUGUAUGGUUCUUGACGAUGACUUUGUGGAAAAGAAAUCCUGUUCCACUGAUUCCGAUUGUGCGUCGCACAAUCAGCGUUUCUUCUCGAAAUGUCCCAACUAUGACUGUGGAACGUUGAAGCAACCCUUCCGCUGUGAUUCCAAGGUCCAUCGGUGUGUGUCCGUGAGGCAAUAUCGGAACUGCAAGAAUGACGAUGUCUGUACUGAUUUGCAUCAUCUGUUCCAUUGCCAAGACGGACUGUGCCAGAAUAUUACAUCCGUAUUCGAAUGUACCAUAGAGGACUUGGGACCGCCAUUGGAUUGUCGGGAUAAACGAAACUGUAUCACUCUCAAAGGAUAUUUCAUGUGCGAGCACGGCGUUUGCCGACAGUUGAUUUGGCCUUGGCACUGCGAGCGGCGUUGUCCGUCACUGACGACAAACGACAAGCAGAAUGUCAUUCUACUCUCGGGGGAUCGAAUGCUCUCGGCCAACUGUGAUAUUGCCAUCAAGGCAGCUACCUCAAUCACUUCAGACAAGGAGACGAUCUGGAGAGAUGUCCAGAAUGAUCGAAACGCUAUUCUUAUGGCCUCUUGCACGAGCGUGAAGCUUCGCCAAGAGGUCGAAUCGGGAUCAAGUGUGAUCGAAGCGGGAGAUUGUGUGAAUGGAACCCUGAUGCCUCGACAGAUCUUGCCUGGUCCCAAGGCGAACUACACCUCCAUUCACGACAUUUUUGGCAACUUGGGACAUAAAUUCAAAUUGGACCAGCACGGCAAAGGACAUCAGUUGAUUCCAUUCGAUUCUGAUAUCAUUAUUUACAACAAAACUAAGUUACUCAUCAAUACUGAGGCUUGCAUUAAUACAUUGCAAGAGGAAUGUACGGAAUUCUACCUGGAUCAUCGUCGGGAUGGACGGAACUAUAGUGCCCGUGAUCGCUUCCCGUGCUUCUACACACCAAAUCAUGAGCGAUUUGUAACCACCAGGUUCUCUAUAAAUCAAACCCGAUACAUAUUUCUGAUCAGCUUCGCAGUGCCUGCAUCAUUGUGGGUAUUGUCAUGUUCUUGUCUUUUUGGAUGCUCAAAAAUGUUACGGGUGGAGGAAAAUGGAGAAAUGCGGGUCCGAUGCCGCAAAGAGCUCUUCGUUGAGGACUCUGAGGUGCCGGCGAGAAAGCCGAGCGUCAAACGGAGAUCCAUAAAAGUGAAAAAACCUAGUGUUUAGUUUAUACGUGUAAUCUCGUGCAGAUUAACCGCCUAGCCUUCCCAAUGCUAAACCUCAAAUUGUAACGUCUUUCGCGAUUAAUAUCAAGUGACCUUCCCUAACUUAUAGCAAUAAACCAAAGUAACCUACAUCCCAUUUGCACUCACACAAAUCAGAAAACGGGUCCAAGUUAAAUAUAUUCAUUUCAAUUACAACUAUUUUGACUCGAGAACUUUAUGUCACAGAUUCUUUUUGUAAUGCCGGUAUAGGCAAUUGAGUUAGAUUUCUUCCAGAGUUAUGGAUGAACUUCUUGUGUAAGCUGAGAGUGGCGCUUGAUUUGCAAGUGUAGUCACACAGAGGACAUCUGAAAUGAAUGAAAUAUCCAUAUUGAGCCGUAAAUC